AUGUUUCGUAAUCAAUUGGCCAGAGCUUCAAUCAGAUCGACCAGUUCAAUUAACCAAAUUCGAAAUAUGAUUACAGCACAAGCAGUUGUAUAUGCCCAACAUGGGGAACCUAAGGAUGUCUUAAAGACUCACAAGUAUGAGAUUGACGAUGACAAUCUCGAUUCUAAUUCUAUUAUUGUCAAGACUUUAGGAUCGCCUGUUAAUCCCUCUGAUAUUAACCAAAUCCAAGGUGUUUAUCCUUCGAAACCAGAAAAAACCACCGAAUUAGGCUCUAGUGAACCAAUUGCAGUGUGUGGUAAUGAAGGCUUAUUUGAAAUCGUGAAGGUGGGUAAAAAUGUUUCAAACUUCAAGGAAGGUGAUUGGUGUGUUCCAUCUGCUGUGAAUAUGGGAACUUGGAGAACUCACAUGUUAUGUGGCAGUGAAGAAAUGACUAAGAUUCCUAAUCCCGAACAAUCCAAGGCUAAUGGAAAGCCAAAUGGGUUAUCUAUCAACCAAGGAGCUACAAUUUCGGUGAAUCCUUUAACCGCUUACUUGAUGUUGACUCAUUACGUUAAACUCACUCCAGGUAAGGAUUGGUUUAUUCAAAACGGGGGUAAUUCGGCUGUUGGUAAAUAUGCCACCCAAAUCAGUAACUUAUUAGGAAUCAACUCGAUUUCGGUUGUCAGAGAUAGAGAAAAUCUUCAAGAAUUGAUCAAGGAUUUGACUGAAGAAUGCGGUGCCACCAAGGUCAUCACUGAAGAACAAAAUGCAUCAAAAGAAUUUGGUAGUGAAAUCAAAUCGUGGCUUAAAGAAACUGGCGGUGAAAUCAAAUUAGCCUUGAAUUGUGUUGGGGGUAAGAACUCCACCGGAAUUGCCAGAAAAUUGAGCAACAACGGUUUAAUGUUAACAUACGGUGGUAUGUCGAUGCAACCAGUCAUUUUGCCAACUUCUUUGCACAUUUUCAAGAACAUUACUUCCUCUGGAUUCUGGGUCACCCAAUUAUUGAAGAACGAUAUGGAAUUAAAGCGUAAGACAUUGAACCAAAUCAUCGAAUGGUACGAAAAUGGUCAAUUAAAAGAUGCUCCUUCCAAGGAAACAAAGUUUAACUCAAACGAUGACUUGAGCAAGUACUAUAUUGAUGGCAUUGUAAACUCCAAGGGUGGUAAGCAAUUAAUUGUGUAUUAG